GUUCUAACGCCUGAAGCAUGACAGCGCAGCGCCGGCAGAGGGCGCCAGCUCCUUCCGCCUCUCCCCCGCUCGGUGGCCUGUCGCGCGCCUCCUGGAGAAGUUCGGGCCUCUUCGGUUCCCGUCCUCCCCUUAGCAACGAAUUGCGAGGGCGGCGUUGCCAAGGCCCGAGAAGCGCCGCAUCCCUUCGAGAGGGCAGGAGGCCAGGAACUUCAGCCGCCCCCCAUUCCCCUCCCCUCGGAGGGAGGACUCGGCGCCCAUCCAAAGAGUCUCAAAGAGGGAUGCAGGAAGCAAAGAAAUGUGAAGCCAUAAAGUUGAAAAAUGGAGCGACCGGAAGCAGUGGUAAGAGAUUGUCUUCAGGCUCUCGGCUGAAAGAGAAAACAGGAGAAACGCAGAAAAGAAAGACGCUCUCUGCUUCAUCUACUUCUCCUGAUUCCGUCAUUAAGCCGCAACCCCGGCCCAGCGACCGGCUGAAUCCCAAAACAAUUGAUCCGUUUGGCGUCCCGUGCAAAGCCCCUUCGGCCUUUGCUGCCAUUUAUUCGAAAGGAGGCGUUCCUUGCAGGCUUGUUCACGGCUCUGUUAAACACAGGCUGCAGUGGGAUUCUCCUCCUGAAACCCUCCCGUUUGAUCCUCUUCUCAUAACCUUAGCAGAGGGACUGAGAGAGACGAGGCACCCGUAUACAUUCGUAUCCAAGGAGGGCUUUCGCGAAUUGCUUUUGGUGGGAGGAGCGGCCCAGAAGGCGACCCCACUGCUGCCUCGCCUCGUUCCCGUGUUAAAGGCUGCUUUGGCCCAUUCAGAUGGGGAAGUAUUCGAAAGGGGUCUGACGGCUCUGGUACAGCUGAGUGCUGUGGUUGGCCCGGCGCUCAACGAUCACCUCAAGCAUCUGCUUUCAAGCCUUUCCAAGAGACAGAUGAGCAAGAGGUUCAAAGAACAGACAACAGACGCUUUGCAGAAGUUGGAGCAGUAUGGUGGGAAGGAAAGCUUGGCUGUUAUAAAAUCUAAAAUUCCGACUUAUUGUUCAAUUGCCUCCUGAAGAGAGGUGGGAAGAACUUCCCUUGGAACUGUUUCCUUGCGACUACUUUUGCCUACAGGACACUGUUCCGUCAUCUCUCGGGGUGACCAGGAACGUUCAAGGCGCACGCGAAGAGUUAAACGUGUUCAAGGAGCAUAAUUAUGAAAAGCACCAGCAACGGUAUAGUCUUUGCAGGUCAGUACUUCUAGCUGGAGUUGCAAAUUAGUUCAUCUGGUUUAUUAAGAUGGGAUAACGGAGUCAUGCGUCUUUGUCAAAUGUAACUAUAAAGAGAGAUAUUUGCUGUGCAUUGCUGUGUUUUUUUAAUUGUGGAAUAUGUUUGCUAAACGUGAUACGUUAAACACUGAGGGUAUGAUCCAGCUCAAGUUGAGUACUAUUAAGACUUACGGAUUCAAUGAGGGCAGUGGCGACAAGCACUCAAAUCUUAUCAAAUGGGUCAAAGUCACUGGAAAGUGCUGGAAUCUGUGCGGGUUGCGUCACAAUUUAUUUUGAAGCAGAAACUCCUUGCCUAAGGCUCGAAGAGAAAUGUAUUUUUGUACUGUCAGGUUAGAGAGAGAUUUCUUUCCCCAAGGAUUAGAAAAAAACCAUAUUAAGUCUGUUAAACUUCGCGCAAACACUUCCAAGAUAUCUACUGUGUUUUACGUUAAUGUUUUAAAGCUUCUUCAGUCUUUCAGUCGAAAAUAUGGUGAGAUGUCAAGCGUUGAGAUAAAACUCAGAGAUUUAACAAGCGUUUCACUGAGUGUUAAACUUUGGGAUAAUAAACUUGUUUUGCGACUCCUAAAAA